AUGUCAUCUGAAGAAAUUGAUGCUGCAAGUGUUAAUGAUUUUGAUCCUAAUCGUGCAUUGGGUUUUUGGCAUAUUCUUGCAACCAAUCUUAACAUGUGGAAAGAUAAAUUAACACCAACAAUAACAUAUUCGAUUCAUGAUCAAUUAUCUGAUGGACGUCUUCGUUUAAAUGAUCUUGUUGAAUAUUAUACUCGACGACCUUUUGUUGGUUUUGUAUCAACAAAUAUUAAAGGUAUUGAUACACAAUCAACAUAUAAAUCAAGUCGUUUUCAAUGGCGAGGAAAUGGUUUAUUUAAAUUAUUGACAAGUGAAUUCGGUAUUGUUAUUGUUGACAAUGAAACACCUGUUGAUCAACCUUAUCAAUGGAUAGCAACAAUGUUUAGUUCUACUUUAUUUACAAAUGCUGGGGUUGAUUUAAUGACACGUACACAAUACUUAACACGAAAGCAAGAAUUUCGCGAUGAACAAAUUCGUAUUGCAGCAGAAAAUGGUACACUACAAACAUGUGAUUGCUGUUGUGAUGAUCAAUUACUUGAUGAUGAUAUGAUUAGUUGUGAUAAUAAUCAUCGAUUUUGUCAAACAUGUAUACGAAGUUAUAUUGAGAAUGGUUUUAUAUCAAAUGGCGAAUGUUUUUUUACAUGUUUAAAUCCAACAUGUAAAUUUGAAUAUUCAACAUCAUUAAUAGGUCAAUUACUUGCACCAACACUGUUUUCUCGAUUGCUUAUCAAAAUUCAACAAGAAGAAUUACGUCUAGCAAAUAUUCCUAAUUUUGAACAGUGCAAAUAUUGUACAUUCGGAACAAUUAUCGAUGAUCCUAAUGAACGUGUAUUUCGAUGUUUAAAUCAAGAAUGUUUAAAAGAAACAUGUCGUGCUUGUGGUGAACCAAAUCAUAUUCCAUUACGAUGUGAUGAAGUUGAAAAAAAAGAUGAAUUAGAUAUGAGAAAAUUUAUUGAAAAUCGUGUUUCAGAAGCAAUGAUUCGAGUUUGUUAUAAAUGUAAACAACGAUUCUAUAAACUUGAAGGUUGUAAUAAAAUGACAUGUGCUUGUGGUGCAUCAAUGUGUUAUGUUUGUCGUGAACCUAUUAAAGGUUAUGAACAUUUUAAUAAUAAUGAAAAAUGUGGAGCUAAUAUGGAUGUUGUAAAAUUACAUCAAGAAGAAAUGCGUUUGGCUUAUGAAGAAGCUAAAAAGGUUUAUGUCGAACGACAUCCCGAAAGCAGAGAUUUAGUACUUAAAUAUGAUCCACAACAGCAUCUUGCUGGUCUUGAACCAAAGAAUAGACCAAAAGCAAAACGUGGUAAACGUCGAUAUGAAUAA